GAAUUCUUCCUCCCACACUCGGGCAGUCCUCUAUAUACAAAUCAAAUUGUUCCCAAGUGCCUAGUAUUUUCUAUUAUCUUCUGCAAUGGCUUCAUCUGGAACUGUGAAGGCAAUGUGCUUGGUCCUGAUAACCGUGGCCCUGGUGGCACCACUGGCCGAGGCAGCAGUCCCGUGCGGCACAGUGGUGAGUAGCCUGAAACCCUGCCUCCCAUAUGUGAUGGGUGGCAAGACGGUGUCGGCUCCCUGCUGCGGCGGAGUUAAGUAUCUCUACGGUGCAGCCAAAACCAAACCUGACCGCCAAUCGGUCUGUUCCUGCUUGAAAUCUUUGGUUGGAUCUUACAAGACUAUUGACUAUGGAAAGGCCGCUGGCCUCCCUGGAAAAUGUGGUGUCAAUGUCCCGUACAAGAUCUCCCCUUCCACUGAUUGCUCAAAGGUGCAGUAGCUUCAUCAGUGAGCAGAAAUCAUAUAUAUGGUUAUGAACUAUAUGAAUAAAUAAAGAGCGUUCUUGUAUUCUGCAGAAUGUAGAGAAAACCUGGCGUUUUCUUUGAACUGUACUGUCUGUAAUCCAUUUAUGAGUAUGUUACGUUAUUCUGAAUAAAUCUCAAUGAAGACCUAAUAAAUUUCAUUUUGUGCAAA